AUGUCGACGAAGAAAAGUGCUCUACUUGGCUCCGACUCGGCGCCUGUCGCCGAAUCUCUCCUCAGCCGCUUGAUUGUUGCACCGGUCCUGUUCGUAUCGUUUCUGAUAUCGCUGUUCCUCAUCGACCGCCAAACUUAUGGCGCCAUCUUCGCUCGAUCCGGUGGCCAAGAUGGAUAUUACCAUUCUCACCAGCGCAAACUGGCUAAGCGAGAAAUGGAUGACGCUUUUCAAAUACGAAGCAAGGUCAUCGCUGCCAUGGUCCUGUUGAGCGCAGUUUCGCUGGCUCUGCUCGCUUGGAUAUUGGAGUCGGUGUGGAAAGUGUGGAAAUGUAGGGCUUGA